AUGAUACCUGCCAAAUCAACACUGCCAAGGACCUUGGAUGGCCGCUUUGUCUACAUGGGCGAAGGUCAAAAGGUACCGAACAACAUUGCGGGCCUCCUCAUUCAUUCGUCCGUGAGAGUCAUUCCUCGAUGUGCCUUUGAAGGAUGUCACAAUUUAUCAAGUGUCGAAUUCCAAGAGGGCGUUGUGCACAUUGAAGACUCGGCCUUUUCAAAUUGCACCAAUCUCGAGUCGGUUCACUUGUGCUCAAGUGUGGAGACUAUUGGCAUUGCCGCCUUUUUAUUUUGCUUGUCCUUGCAAGACUUGACCUUGAACGAUGGCCUGGCCCAGAUUGGAUGUGCCGCCUUUUGCGGCUGUAUUUCGUUGACCAAGGUGUCUCUGCCAAGAACUGUGAGUAUCCUCCAAGAGGGUACCUUUAUGAACUGUGCCGGUCUGAAAGAGGCGAUCUUGCCGGAGGGUCUGAUUUCGAUCGGGGCCUUUUCUUUUGGCAACUGCGGCAGCCUAUUGCCUCUUCCCACUCUUCCCGAAUCGAUUGGUUCCAUUGGAUACCAAGCUUUCCCAAUAACAAAUUUUGAGAAGGACAUUGAACAUGUCGAAGAUACCAAACCAGCAGCCAUUGCCACUAGCUACUACCACCAAGUCAAUCCUUUCGCUCUAAAUAAAGGCGAAGUAUCGUUGGAUCACGUCAAGGUGAAUGCCAGACGCGAAUUGGAACUCCAUUCGCUGCAAGACCAGCUGGAACAAUUCAAGCUCGAGAAUGCGCAACUCGUGACAAAGUUGGAAGGUAUGAUGAAACAAAAGGAUGCAUUGGAGCUCGAAGUGCAGUGCUGCAAACAGGCAGAACAUGUUGACGAUGACGACUUUUCGGAAGCAUUAUCCGCAGCAGAAGAAUUGAUUUCGGUCGAAGAUGAAAUGGUAGCUUCGCUCACUUUGGACGAUCAGGACUUGGUUGUCCAACGACCUUAUAACUUGACAAUCAAGUCCAAAACCAAGAUGGAUUCAUCACCACCAUCCUCCACCUGCUGUGGCAGCAAUAUCAAAUCUUGUUUGCACGAAAUGAAAAAGUUGCUGGGAGCCGCAUCACCCAUAUUGCGACUGCCUAUGAAGAAGUUUGCCGAGGUGGAUGCCUGCAUGGAUGCCCAUCACCGCAAAAUGAUGGAACGAAGACUUGAAUAUGAUGGUACUACUGCUUCUGCUACUGCUACUGCUGCUUAUGCUGAAACCCAAGAGGCACGAGUUGAAUUCCAAACGAUGCAGGUUGUUCAUGACGAGACGAAAGCCGCGGAAGAAGAAGAAGAAGAAAAAGCAUUCAAUAAUGAUUCCUCCACCUUCGAGGUUUUCACUCUUGUGGUUGACGAAAAAAAGUCUGCUGAAGCUAGAGACGAAAAAAAGUCUGCUGAAGCUAGAGACGAAGGUGACGACGACAAUGAAGAUGAUUGGAUUGCAGAUGGCUUUUGUUAG